GCGCAGAAAUGGAUUAAGCUGUACUCGCUAAUAUUAAAAUAGUAUUGAUUCACGACUGUCAUUUUACUAGUGUUUGAAUACUUUCUACCUUCAUCUACAUGGCCUAGUAAAAUUAAUUCCAGUUUUUCCCGAUUUCAUAGUCUCCCCAGGACUAGUAUUGAAUGUGAAAAAUGACGAAGGAUCGUUUGGCGGCUUUGAAAGCGGCCCAAAGUGAUGAUGAUGAUGAUCAUGAGGUUGCUGUCAAUGUGGACAGCGGAGGAUUUAUGGAUGAGUUCUUCGAACAGGUUGAAGAAAUUCGUGAGAUGAUAGAUAAGAUAGCUUAUAAUGUGGACGAAGUUAAGAAAAAACAUAGUGCUAUACUCUCAGCCCCUAAUAAUGAUGAUAAAAUGAAAGAAGAACUUGAGGAUUUAAUGUCAGAAAUCAAAAAGAGUGCAAAUAAAGUUCGGGCGAAAUUAAAAGUUAUUGAACAAAAUAUAGAACAAGAAGAACAUUCGAACAAAUCAUCAGCUGAUUUAAGAAUUCGUAAAACACAGCAUGCCACGUUAUCACGUAAAUUUGUCGAAGUUAUGAAUGACUACAACGCAUGCCAGAUUGACUACCGAGAUAGGUGCAAGGGCCGCAUACAGAGACAACUUGAAAUAACUGGUAAAACUACAACUAAUGAAGAGCUAGAAGAUAUGUUGGAGUCGGGCAAUCCUGCAAUAUUUACUCAAGGGAUUAUUAUGGAAACUCAACAAGCUAAACAAACAUUAGCAGAUAUUGAAGCACGACAUAAUGAUAUUAUACGAUUAGAAACAAGUAUACGAGAGUUACAUGAUAUGUUUAUGGAUAUGGCUAUGUUGGUAGAGAGUCAAGGAGAGAUGAUAGAUCGUAUUGAAUAUAAUGUUGAAGCAGCUGUAGAUUAUAUUGAAACUGCCAAAAUGGACACCAAGAAGGCUGUCAAGUAUCAAAGUAAAGCUAGACGAAAAAAGAUUAUCAUUAUUAUUUGUAUUGUGCUUGGAUUGGGAAUUCUCGCUUUGAUUAUUGGACUAUCAGUUCCAGUAGAUUAAGUAUUUGUUCCAAAUUUGAUCUUGCUACAUAAGGUGAUCAAUUUGUGACAUUCCUUUUAUGGGAGGGGACCAUUUUAGAUGAUUCUGGCGUAAUGGUUGGAAAUUUGUCAUGUAGCAAUAGGUUACAGCUGUUUAUUUAUAUCAUAAAAGUUUCAUAACAUUUUCUACAAAUACCUUAAAGGAGCAGCCCCAAAUUUCUCAUGUAUCCAUGAUAAAAGUCUGCUUCCAAGAUUUCACAUUGUAUCCAAGAUAAAAGUCUGCUUCCAAGAUUUCACGUAUCCACGAUAAAAGGAGAUUUAAAUGCAUUUUAGAUAUCAUUGGGAAUCAUACAGAAAUUUGUACAGGACUCAGGGACAAGAUAUCUUGCAGUCUUUCAUAGAGAAUUAAUCUAUUUGGGUCAUUAAAAUUUAUCUGGGUUGGCUCCUUUGAAAAAAUAGCUAUACAGCUUGCUUAAUGCAGAUAUGGUGGUAUAAGACAACACUGCCAUUUUGUUUUCUCAAGUAUAUCAAAUCUGUCAUUCAAUAUUUAUAAGAUCUUGGAACUCUUGGGGUUUUUUUUUUAUGUAAAUGUGACGAAUGAUCAAUGCGGUUUCUGUAUAUUUCUGUAAAAAGUGGACCAAAGUGUCGUAAUAAGACAAGAUGGUUAAGGGUAAUGAUUGCACAAUUACUAGGUAGUUGUAUUGUUCCUAACAUAAGGAUCUAAUUAAAAAAAAUGCAUAUUGUCUUCAAGUAGUCAAAAAGUUAUAUCAUGCAUUAAUUUUGCAUUGUUUCUUAUUGCGCAACUUUUCAUCUAGUAUAUCUGUAAACCAAUAAACAUAGGUUUUAAAGAUAUAAUUCCUAUAUAAUAGGAACUAUGCCAAAUUUCCUUUAAAAAAUCAACUUUGUGCUGGGUAAAAUAUUGAUAUAAAUCGCCAGAAAAGCACUAUCGAUGGCGCUGUGUUACUAUUGAUUAUCAAACUGUUUAUUUUUCUGACAGUUUAAGUUAAUCAUUCACAUACAUCGCUCACUUUAAUUACUUCAAAGUAUCAGUGUAACAUUAUAGCAAAAAUCCACUCUCAUUAAAACAUUACUUUGAGUUUGAAACAAUUAUGGUUGAAUUGUGAAACAUUGUCCACAGAUCUAUUUAUAAAUUCACAUGUCCACAGAUCAUUUAUAAAUUCACAUGUCCACAGAUCUAUUUAUAAAUUCACAUGUUGUGUGAAAGCUGUUCUGAAUGUAUAUUAGAUCUUUUCUUUAGUGUAAAAAAUCAAAAACACAAUAAAGGUAUAAACUUUAAAUAGAUUGUGCAUCAUAUCUACGGAAUUCAAGAGCUUGUAUACUUACGCAGAACAUUUAUAUGACUUUUUGACUUAUAAGAAACAAUAUACAAAUAAUGUUAUAGGAAUCUUAAUGUGGUACAUUAGUUCAGUUAGCUGUUGUUUACUUGUUUUUAAUUUUAAAAUGUCACAACCCUUGUUUGCCUUAAUGCUAUGCCACAAUUUAUUUUGGUUAUGCUAUGUUGUUUUAUUUCAUACCAGUAUGUUGUUGUUUUGAAAAGAAAACAAAAAAUCAAACAAGGAUGUGGUAAAACUGUAUUGUGCCUGUUUUGAACUCUUCAAAAAUCAUCUUAAGGGCAUUGAGUACUCUAAAAUAUGCAUUGUGCCUGUUUUGAACUCUUCAAAAAUCAUCUUAAGGGUGUUGAGUACUCUAAAAAAUGCAUCUUAAAGCUAGCAUUGUGCCUGUUUUGAACUCUUCAAAAAUCAUCUUAAGGGUGUUGAGUACUCUAAAAUAUGCAUCUUAAAGCUAGCACUGUAAAUUUUGUUCAUUUACCAACUAUGUUCCAAACUUGACCCCAAAAGCAUGAUAAUAAAGGCUGAUGACAAGAAAAGUCUUAAUAUCCUCAGUUAUGCCAACCUGGAUUUUCAUCAAAUUUGGCAUGAACAAUGCUAAAUGUAAGUCCAAGAAACAUAAGGUUCACUUUUUAGCUAUAGACCGUGGUUUGUCUGGUAUUCAUGGAAAUGCCAACAAAUGAUGAGUUUUCUUCGAAAUUCUACAAGUUCGUGCUAAAGAGAGAUAUUGAUAACCCCAAACAUCAUAAGCGACAUUUCGACACCAAAAAUGUUAAAAAAUAUCAACUCAAAGUAUUUUAAAAUCUUUGUUUAUUAUUUACCUUCAAUCGAGAUUUUGUGAUUUUGGUUAAAUUCUUUGAAUAUGUCCACAACUAGUUGUUUUAAAAUACAACAAUUCAGAUGUAAAAAGUAAAUAUUUACUUAAGUGCACUAUUUUAAGCAUUCAAAAAUGAUAGUCUUCGACAAUAAAAAAAAAAGAAGAAAUUCUGUGAUGUUCGAAUCAUGAUAGAUGAUAGACCAGGAAAAUCGCGUUGUAGAGGGAAUUCCUUUUGGUCACGCCAUCCAGCGUGAAACUGUUGGUGGAGGCAGCCGUGAUUAUUUACUGCGGAUCACGUGACCGAUUUGUAUGACAUCACAAUUUAUUGAACAACUGAUCUAGGUUGGGGAAACCUUCUUGUUUGGAGUAUAAAUAGUUUUUUUUUUCUUUCUGCUUAUAUAGGUCUGACGGUCAUGUGUCCCUUAAUUGGUUAAAAAUUAUUCCUUCACAUAUUAAGAAUAAUCAGAUGUGAUUGUGGCAAAUAUUUAUAUUCACUUGCAGAAUUUAUAUCAGCCAGCCAUUUUAACACACUUCUGAACUAAAAAGAGGGGAGGGGAACAGGUUUAAGCGGAGAAAUGGCAAAUAUUCAUGGGUCUUCUCUUUUUUUUUUUUUUAAACAACUGCCUUAUCAUGAAUUUCAAGAUUUUUGCCACUGUCACUUUUUAUGUUCUCAGGACAUAAGAAUUAGUCAAAAUUUGUGAAUCAUUUGUAAAUCAAAACAACAACAUAUAAUGGUAACACAAUGUAAAUCUGUAUAUUUUGUAUCAUAGUUUAAGAUGUUGCACAUGAAAUAUACAAACAUGCUUUAAAGGUUUCCCAUUGGUAUGAUGGAAAUUUCAUGGAACUUUCUGUGAUGUUACUGUGUGAAAUACACAGUGUUACUGUAAAUUGUAAUAAGUUUACAAGGAAUUCAUUUUAUUCAUCAAUGUGUCAAUGACAUGAGUGCCAAAAAUGAUGUGAUUAAGAUUCUGCACAGCAAAAAAAAAAAGAAAAAAAAGGUUGCCAGUAAAUUAUACUGUGUCCAAUUUGGUUAAAACAAUCAGUUAAAAAGUACGUAAGAUGAAAAAAAAUUGCAUGUACUUAUAGCUAGUUUUUCCUAUAUGCACUUUACGGCAAGUUAACAUCAAUCUGAUUAAAAUUAUUUCAGCCAUCUGCACUUAAAGUCGCAAAUAUAGACCUCCCGUAAAAACGACUUUGCCAAUUAUUGAAAACACUCUUUCUUUGUUUUUAUUCCUUAAUUAUCUAUAUACAGCCGCCAUGUGUAUUCAUUAACGCCUGACUGAUUCCUUAAUACCCUGAUUAAAAAAAACAUUUGACUACGUAAUAAUUGAGAAUUUGUUUUAUAAUGUCUCGCCCUCUCUUUUCCCGACAGCGAUUUUAAAACUGUGCCGUCUAAACGAUUUGAGAUACAUUUCCGUCAGACGAGUAUUAUGGUUCUAAUUUCCCAGAGUAAGAGUACAGGAGUAAAAAGAUGUGGUCAUGCCAAAUGUAUCAUAAAAGUCAAACAUGAUUGAAACGCGAUUUCUAAAUGACGAUCUGUUAUCAGAGUAGCCAACUGUAUCUAGUUUUCCUGUAGCCAUCGUACAGCGCCUUUCUUUCUGCAUGUGGAUUUGUCUUCAUUACCGUAAAAAUGAAAUACGAAAAAAUAUCUCAAUAUACGUUAGAAUUAACAGAAGUUAUGUUGUAGAUUUGAAUCAAAGAAUUUUCGUUCCAAGCAAGUUUUAGCGACGGCCUAAUUUAACGAUGCAAGUGAUGUUUGCUUCCAAUGCAUCCAAGCGUAAUAUUUAAUUGAUGUUCGCACAUAAACACUAUGAUUUUAUUAAGAGGCCACUCCCGUUAAGCGGUCAGUCAUUAAAAUUCCCUUGAGUGGCUGCUUAAUACAGAUUCUACUAUAUAGCUAAUAAUGAAUAUAUCGACAAAUGACUGGCACCAUUUGUAUUUCUGUACUGACAGAGAAUAGUUUGGGAUAUGAAGUAUUACAGGGUGCUUCAAAUUAUUAAAUGCACUAAUUGUUUGGAACGUCUUCAUUUGCCAUAUGGCUCAUUUAAACAAAUGCAGCUAAAAUGGAUCUACAGCAUGAUAUAGCAUUUUAAAUUCACUCUAAAAUAUUCCAAUCACAAAUGUCUUAAUCUAUAACAAUGCAAGACGAUAAUUUGGUGGUUGUGAUUAGGCCAGUCACAUGUUAAUUGGAAUGUCAAUAGACACUGGUCAACUGGUGGUGUGUAUGGACAGUGAUGUAUUGUACAGACAGUGAUAUAUUGUAUAGAUAAUGUAUAUACUAUGUGUAGUCCCUGACGUCACCAGCCAUUCAACCGAUUUAAGGUCGUAAUUGAAAAGCGUUAUUAUUAUAAUAAUAGCCGAAUUUAUUUGAAUCAGAUUGGUGUGAACUUGCCGUAAAGUGGAUAUAGUAACCAUUGGCUAUACAUACAUGCAAUUUAGGUUUUUCAUCUUAUGUGCUCUUCAAGAUUAAUUGAAGGUAUUUGUAUUGACACAUUGGGUUUAUAGGUGACUAGUUUUAUACCUUAAUAUUACAACUGUAUGGAGAUAUGUAUAGGAUAAACUGAAAAGAAUUUUAAAAAUUAAGGAAAGAUAUUUUAAUAUUAAGCUCUAAUACAUUCUGAAUAUUUAUUAUGUAAGUAUUUUAUGUUUGAUAAUACUCUUAAAAUUCAAAUUAAAACUCCCAACUUUUUGUUCAAAAUUAAAUUUGCCUCAGAUAGUAUUGACAGGUCACAUUUUGUCGGGCGGUUAAUUAAAUAUAUAUUUUAAAUAAACAUGUACUUGGUUAGAAACACAAAAUAUUAGUUAAGCCACAUCUUUUACUCCAAAAUUUUAGUUGAUAUUUUAGCAUUAUGUGUAGAUCUCUUGCAAAAUAUUUGGUUAUAUUACAGUAAUUACAGUUUUAACCAAAACAAUUAAUUUAAUAUGACUGGAAAAAUAUUGAAACUGCUUUUUUUCCCUGAUAACACUUCUCUUAAUGAGCAAAUGUAAAUAAUGUCUUAAUCCUUUCUAAAUUUGUAAACUUCACCUAAAGUGCAAAAAUAGUCAUGAAUUAUGUUUUGCUCAGGAACACUCUGUCCCAUUCCUAUCUUUAUUUAUCAUAUAGAUAUAUCAUAUAGAUGUAUUUAAAGGGAAGACCAACAAUUUUCAACAAGGGUUUCCAUAAAUUUUAACACACACAAACAAGUUUUUGUGAUGUAAUUGAUUCAACAUGUUAGCUGGUCUCAAUAGUAAGCAUACAGAUUUGGCGCAAGUUUGCCAGUGUAUUUUGUUAACACAUAGUCGAUUGACCAGAAAUCUGAUCGAAGGCACUGUUUAUUAGGAUAUUAUAAACACAAAAUUAUGUUUUUUAAUUGCUGUGGGGUUGGAUGGCCGAAUGGUAAGACAUGCACGCUGUAUCAUAAGGCCUGUCAUUGAGUCAACUGGCGUGGUUUCGAAUCUCCGGUUGUACAUGACAAGGAGUAGGGUCACCUGUCCAACCUUGUGGGUUUUAUUGAAAUAAAAUUAAAUCACAUGUUAGUCCUGAAAUGACCUGGUUUGUGUCGAGUGGACGUUAAACCCCAUUUUUCUCUCUCUCUCUUUUUUUAAUUGUUUAAUACACUAAGCCGUGGCGUAAAUUCAUGCAUACUGAACAGUACGCUGUGACCCAAUUCACGUCACAUGGUUGAUUAUUUACAUCACCUGCUCGCUUGACACCCGGCAAAUCUGUAUAUGCUUACUAUAGGGACCAGCAAGCAUGUUGAACCAAUUACAUCACUUUCUGUUUUAAUAAAAUUGAUUUUUUUGUAAUUGAUGAAAACCCUGUAGAAUAUCGUUGGUCUUCCCCUUUAAUUAGCUACAAUUUUAGUUUUAAAGAUGAUCGAUUAUCCUGUGUAUAUAUUAUUAUUUCCUUAUUGUUUUUGUGUGUACAUGUAUUGUUUUGAUCUUUAGUUUUUAAAUGUCUUUAUGUUAAAUUUUGAUGAUUUUCAAUGAUAAAAGAUAACCAAAAUCUUAUUUUUUGAGCCUUUCAUUGAUUAUUUUAAAUAGUUGUUUGAGCAAUGUGUACACAGAAACACUUAAAAUGUUAGAAUGGUCACAAAAUCAAUUUUCUUUUUCACAAGAUAUGUUAAAAGUAAAAAUUAGUGUUUUUGAUCAGUCUUAUCCCAAAACAGGAGGGUAUAUGAAGGGCAUUAUCAAGCUAACCCCAAACUGUUUGGCUUUUAAUUUUACAAAAAAGUAAUUGAGUCACAAUAUAAAUUUGAUUUGAAUUUACACACACAGGGUAUCAUUGUUUGAAUUUCAUAUAUAAAGCUCUGAACCAAAGAUGUGUAAAAAUAUGUGUUCGUUUUAAAACAUCUUGAUAUCCUGGCAAUUAAUCCAGUAUUAUUUAAUUUUAAAGUUUAUUUUAUAUAAUAAUGUAAUUAUUAAUAAUAGAUUUAUUAUGAUUUUGACAAUAACAAUAACAAUAUCUUGCUCAAAAUGCAAUUCAUAUAUUUAUGCAUGGAUGUAAUUUUUAAAAAAAAAUAUAUAUAUAUAUAUAUACUGGUAUGCACCAUAUGAAAUUACCAGUACACUUAAUAUAAUGGAAACACUUUCUAUUUAGAUACAUUUAACAUGAGUUUAAAAUUACCCAAAGCAGGUCCUAAAGAAAAAGUACAAUCAAACCAAAUAAUAAAGUAAUUUAAAUGUGUAUGGACUAAAUCUGUGGAUAUUUGUUAUAUCAAGACUAGUGUUAAUGUCAGUUAAAUAAAUCGUUAAAGACACAACAUUUAAAAUUAAAAGACUAAUUUUAGGGCUAAACAAAUUCGUUAGAAUCUUUCAAGUUAUGACCAUUAAUUUUGUCAUUUAUGCCUGAUUUAAGAAUUACUACAGAUUUUCUGUACCGUACCAGUUUAAAUGUUUGAAUCCAUUCAAAACCAUUCCAGACUGAAAUUUAAAGUCAAGACUAAUGUUGUUAAUUAUUACAUUGUACAGUACAUUAGUACACAUUUUAGAUUGGUAAAUUAGUUUUGCAUGUAAUUGGUCUUGAUGGGCUUUCACUCAAAUUUAUAAUGGAAUUAUAAUUUAACAUUACUGUAUAUUACAAUUACAAAUGUUAAAAUCAUUUCUUCAUGGUGGUAAAUAUAAAAUGAAUUUGAAAAUUUGAUUAGAAAACUUAAGUGUUAUUUGGUUUGUAUUUGUGUUACCUAUGUUUGUUAGUAGUGUACAUGUAUAUUAUUUAUGAUUAGCUUUAGUUGUCUCAUUACACUGUGCAAUCAUACCCUCCCAUAACUCUGUAUCUGUAUAUAUUGUUAGACAUGAAUAUAUUAUAUAUAUAUCUCGAAAUGAUUCAAGUAAAUAUCAGAAAUAA